CGGGCUGGCUUCGUCUGUGAUUACGCUUUUCCAGUUUCUGUUCAGAGCAAGCACUGCUUUCUAUUAUUUUUUCCCUCCCUCUCCCCUGCAAGAGCUUUCCAUUUCGGUUGCAGCUUUCGUUCCUUAUGGCAAGGUUAUUGUCGAGCUGAUAGGACGAAAUGCUUCGUUAAAAAGGAUGGAUUUUAUUUUAAGGUCUACCAGGAGAGGCCAUUGGAGGAAGAACGUCACGUGACAGAGGGGUGCCAAUGUUAUUCUUUAAGGGUGUCAAGACCCUGUCAGUUUGUGAAAUAAAUAUUGGGAAACAACGAAAUGCAAAAAGCGACCUACUACGACAGCUCUGCAAUCUAUGGUGGCUACCCCUACCAAGGAGCAAAUGGUUUCACUUAUAAUGCUAGUCAGCAGCAAUAUCCUCCAUCUUCAUCACUUGUGGAAACUGAAUAUCAUCGACCUGCUUGCUCUUUACAGUCACCUGGCAGUUCUGUGUCCCACCAUAAGGCCAAUGAAAUCAAUGAGAGUUGCAUGAGGACCAUCACUAGCCAACCCAUUCAGCCCCCAGUUAUUUCAGAGCAGCAACAGCAACAACCUCCAGCCCAGCAGGCACCACCUCCACCCUCUGUCUCACCACCUCAAAAUGCCAGCAGCAAUUCUGCCCCAACUAACACUACCAAGAGCCCAGUUAUUAACUCACCCACCAUGUCCAAGCAAAUAUUCCCAUGGAUGAAAGAGUCUCGACAAAAUACAAAGCAGAAAAACAGCAGCUCCAGUUCAGGUGAGAGCUGUGCUGGUGAUAAAAGCCCUCCAGGGCAAGCCUCCUCUAAAAGAGCACGUACAGCUUAUACAAGUGCCCAGCUGGUAGAACUGGAAAAGGAGUUCCACUUCAAUAGAUACCUUUGCAGGCCAAGAAGGGUAGAAAUGGCUAAUUUACUCAAUCUCACAGAAAGACAAAUCAAAAUUUGGUUUCAGAACCGCAGAAUGAAAUAUAAAAAGGAUCAAAAGGGAAAAGGCAUGAUGACCUCUUCAGGAGGACAGUCCCCAAGCAGAAGUCCUGUGCCUCCAGCUCCUGGGGGGUAUUUAAACUCUAUGCAUUCUUUAGUAACCAGUGCUCCCUAUGAGCCCCAGUCGCCUCCAUCAUUUAACAAGCCUCAUCAAAACGCCUAUGGCAUCCCUGCAUCAUAUCCAGCUCCUCUCAAUAAUUGCCCACCUCCUCAAAAGAGAUACACGGGGACAGCAGCGGUUACUCCUGAAUAUGAUACUCAUCCUCUUCAAGGCAACAGUUAUGGAAAUCCACAUAUACAGGGAAGCCCCGUCUAUGUGGGGGGCAACUAUGUGGACACCAUGACCAAUUCUGGGCCUUCCAUCUUUGGUCUAACUCAUCUCCCUCAUCCUUCCUCUGCCAACAUGGACUACAGUGGGACUGGGCCAAUGGGCAACAAUCACCACCAUGGACCUUGUGAUCCACACCCAACAUACACAGACCUUACUUCUCACCAUCCUUCUCAGGGAAGAAUUCAGGAAGCGCCCAAACUCACCCAUCUGUAACAGACAUGAGUUACUAAGUGGAAUGAAGUCCCCAACUUUUUAAAAAGUACUUUCCACCCUCCCCUCCCAUCUCCCUCUAUUUUUUUGUUUUUUGUUUUGUUUUGUUUGGUAAAACGUUCUAUAGUUUAUGUGACGUAGCAAUAUUUGUUGCUUGAAUUGCUCUAUAGUUUCAAUAGUGGAUAUUUAUCUUCUUGAACUGUAGCCUUGUGUCUCCCUUUGGGAGUAUACAUAGGCUUUAUACUUUACUUCUACACUUUUAUCAAAACAGGGUAUAUGAACAAAUUUUCUAUAACAAUAAUUCUGAAAUGUGAAUUUGUUCGUACAUGAUUGAUCCCGCGGGGAAGCAAGUUUUUAUUGCACUUCUUUUAAAUAGCGAGAAAGAAAUCAAAGGCGCUUGAACAGGGGCUCCCUGGACAAUUAUUAAUACGUGUUAAGUCUUUCAAUGUGUGUAUGCUGGUGAACAUUCAGAUUAAUUUAUAUUUUUUUUAAAACAUUGAAUAAUCUAAGUGUUUAAAAUUUUAUUUAUCCCCAUCUGUUCAUAUUUAUAUAUAUAUAAAAAAUUCUGUACCCUGAAUAUUCAGGAGGUAUUUACCUGGCCAUAUGUUAGAUGGCAUAUUGGCAUAAGUAGGAAAUAUCAUUUGAAAGGAAACUAUUACUCCUUUAUUUAAAAAUAUAAUAAUGCAAUAAAAUCUGAAAGAAAAUGGAUCACAAAUUGAAUAAUUUAUGCUUGUAACAUCCAGCUAAACGGAAAAUGUGUAAACCUGAAAAGACUAGAUUUGUUUUGAAAGUUAUACAU